UAAAGGUGUAUCUGUCAAGACUGAUGCACUUUGCGUGAGAAUCUAUUCUUCAAUUCAGAUAAAUCCCACAACAAUUCACAGUGAAAUCGCAGAGAAUUUGUAUUUGCAUUAGGGCUUUUUCUGCCAUGGACAAGAUUAGGAGACCUUCGCACGCUGGCUCUUGGUACACCGACAAUCCUAAAGAAUUAGCUGAGGAGCUCGAUGGCUGGCUCCGUGCAGCCGGGCUGCCCAAAUCUUCCGAUGUAAGAGGUGUGAUUGCGCCUCAUGCAGGUUAUUCUUAUUCGGGCCGUGCAGCAGCCUAUGCUUUUGGAAACAUUGAUCCUUCUAACAUUACUAGGGUAUUUCUUCUUGGGCCGUCCCAUCACUAUUACACUCCAAAAUGUGCGCUUUCAAAAGCUACAGUCUACAAGACUCCUAUAGGCGACCUACCAAUUGAUCAGGAAGUAAACGAGGAGCUAAAAGCUACGGGAAAGUUUGAAAUGAUGGAUCUUCGUGUAGACGAGGCUGAACAUAGCAUGGAAAUGCACCUGCCUUAUUUAGCUAAAGUAUUUCAGGGCUAUGCAGUGAAGAUUGUCCCCAUUUUGGUUGGUGCUCUUAGUGCUGAAAAUGAAGCUGUCUUCGGCCGGUUGUUAGCUAAAUAUGUGGACGACCCUACGAAUUUCUUCUCGGUGUCUUCAGAUUUUUGUCAUUGGGGCUCCCGGUUCAACUAUACGCACUAUGAUAAAAAGCACGGCGCCAUCCACAAGUCCAUCGAAGCAUUGGACAAAAUGGGAAUGGAUAUAAUAGAAACCGGAGAUCCGGAUGCCUUCAAGAACUACCUCUUGGAGACUGACAACACUAUAUGCGGACGACACCCAAUUAGCGUCUUCCUUCACAUGUUGAAGAAUAGCUCAACGAAGGUGAAGAUUCGUUUUCUUCGAUACGAGCAGUCGAGCCAGUGCAAAUCCACAAGGGACAGCAGUGUAAGUUAUGCAUCUGCUGCUGCCAAAGUCGAUGCUUAAAUUUGUGGAAUGAGCAGAAGAUAAUUCCACUUUUAAUUUAUGGCAAUAACUUAAUGAAUAAUUGCAUUGAUCAUUGUUAUUUUCUCCAACUUGCUUUUGUUGACGAUUCUAUUAAUCAAGAAUUCCAAACAUUACAAUUAA